AUGGGAUUCGUUUUAUGGAUUCAGAAGUUCUUUAUUGUUGAUCUUAUUCUUAUUAUUAUCACUUUAUCCGUAGCACUCUCAAUCCGCUACUCAUCACUUGAUACAAACGCUCCACUCAUAAUUCUUCCAAGCGAUCCGGUAAGUGUUGCAUAUGAAUCCAUAUCAUACACAAUUAUAUGUAUAACUAACUUCGUGAUAGGUCCCUUUGUUAUUUUAUUCUUCUAUAUGAGUGUCAGAUUCGAUUAUAAGAUAUUCGAUUUGUUAUACUCAUACUUUUUCGCAAUUACAUUAACUAUGCUUGUUACUUCCAUCGUUGGAAAGUCAAUACGAAGACCAAAGCCAGAUACACUCAGUUUAUGCCAAGGAGAUGGUUCGAUCCUUGCAUGUUCACAAUAUCUUUCAAAAUCACAGAUAGUUCAGCAAUUUAACUCAUUCCCAUCUUAUCAUACAGCAGAAAUUAUGGCAUCAGCCGUUUUUAUUUCGUUGCUCUUCCAUUAUAUGACAAAAUCUUUCUCUUUGUUAGGAGCAAUCUUCAUGGUUUUCCCCAUACUAUUCGCUAUAUUCGUUGCUGUUACAAGGAUUUGCGAUAGACAAGCAGAUAUAUCAGAUGUUGUUGCCGGAAUGUUCAUUGGUGGCAUGAUGGCAGUCAUUUGCUUUAAGAACUUCAAGAAGAGCAUGAAAAUUAUGUCUCAAGCAGAAAAAAGAAAAUUAACAAUAGAGCAAUCUGCUAGUACUGUUCCAAGGUAUGUGUAA